AUGGCAAUGGAGAUUCUACCUACAACUGAUUUCCAUGGCACACAUCAUGUUGGCACAUCACAGGAUGAGACUCCAUUUGAUAAGCUCGUGGCCUCCUUGGCAGAGACUUUGAGCACAUCGUCUGGCCUAACGUUAGACGAUGUUAAUGUGGCUUCACUGAUGCGUUCAAUGAAGCUCUACAACAGUCAGGAGUGUGACUGGGCAAAGUAUGCCUUUGGCAACAAUGCUGUGGAUUAUACAAGGAACCUGAUCGACGAAGGGAAUGGUAAGAGCAAUCUGCUCGUGCUCGUAUGGUGUCCUGGUAGGGGCAGCCCUGUACAUGAUCAUGGUAACGCCCACUGUUUGAUGAAGAUUCUCAAAGGCAACUUGACAGAGACGCGGUAUGCGUUUCCACAACAAGGACAAAGUCAGCCAUUGAAUAUAAUCUCGGAGAGGACCCACGCGGAGAACGAUGUCGCAUACAUGGCCGAUGAUCUUGGGUUACAUCGCAUGUCGAAUAAAGGCAGCGACUUUGCUGUAUCCCUUCACUUAUACACUCCUCCACACGUAGCCAGGAAAGAGUUUUAG